AUGGAAGUGUCCUUCCGACUCCUGGCCUGCUUGGUGUGCGUCGUCCCGAUGGGAUCACUUGUGAGAACUAAGAGAGAUACCACUGGGAACUUGCUCAACACAGAGAUGAACAGUGCGCCCGCCCAGCGCUGGUCCAUGCAGGUGCCGGCCGAGGUGAGCGCGACGGCGGGCGAGGCCGCGGUGCUGCCCUGCACCUUCACGCACCCGCACCGCCACUACGACGGGCCGCUCACAGCCAUCUGGCGCGCGGGCGAGCCUUUCGCCGGCCCGCAGGUGUUCCGCUGCGCCGCGGCGCGGGGCAGCGAGCUGUGCCAGACGGCGCUCAGCCUGCACGGCCGCUUCCGGCUGCUCGGCAACCCGCGCCGCAACGACCUGUCGCUGCGCAUCGAGCGCCUCGCGCUGGCCGACGACGGCCGCUACUUCUGCCGCGUCGAGUUCGCGGGCGACGUCCACGACCGCUACGAGAGCCGCCAGGGCGUCCGGCUCCGCGUGACGGCCGCUCCGCGGAUCGUCAACAUCUCUGUGCUACCAGGCCCAGGGCACGCCUUCCACGCGCUCUGCACGGCUGAAGGAGAGCCAUCGCCCGCCCUCACCUGGUCCGGCCCGGCCCUGGGCGAAGGCUUGGCCGCCACUCGGAGCCCAGGUCAUGAUCCCGGCCACCAGGUGACCGCCGAGCUGCCCGCACUGGCCCACGACGGCCGCUACACAUGUACGGCCUCCAACAGCCUGGGCCGCGCCGAAGCCAGCGUCUACUUGUUUCGUUUCCACGGCGCAUCCAGGGCGUCGACGACCGCCCUCCUGCUCGGCGCGCUCGGCCUCAAGGCGCUGCUGCUGCUCGGCGUUCUGGGCGUUCGGGCCGCUGCCCAUCAUCGCCUAGAGCACCCAGUCACCCCGGACUCUCUGCCAAGGCCCCAGGCUCAGGAGUCCAAUUAUGAAAAUUUGAACCAGAUGAGCCCCCGGGGCCCACCAGCAGCUGUGUGUUCACCGUGA